GAGGGCGGGUGUCGGUGCAUUCGCGUGCGUGUGUGUGUGUGUGUGUGUGUGCUGUGUGUGUGUGUGUGUGUCUGUGUGCAUGUGGGGGGUGGAUGAAAGGGCCAGGUGAGGAGGAGACACGGACGCCCCUCUCCUCUCCCACUUCUGUGCGCCGCCAGUGGAGGAGAGGACCACGUUUCUGUCGGAGAAAAAGCCUCACUCCCCCCACCUAAGACUCUAGUCUCUUAUACUGAAGAGGGCCACUACUCAAACACGGACAAAGAGGAGUGAGAUUUAUCCUUUAAUCACCAACUGGAAGGUGUUUGUGUUUGAGUUCUUUGGGGUGCUACAUUGGGGCUCGGAACUAACGGAAGCAUCUGAACCACUCGUCCCUCAGACCAGACCAGCGCUCAGGCACAGGAGGAUGGGCAAUGGGCUUGAGAGUGACAGUGCUCACUUAGCUCCGCCCAUCCCCUCAUGGAGCCUGUUGCCCCCGCCAGCCUUCUGUGGAACGCCUCCAACACCAGUCACUGGACCCCGAUCUCAUCAGCCCGGUCCAACACUUCAGAACUGAGCCGGCCCGAGAGUGGAGCUCUCCCCCAGUCGCUAGCCCUGGUUGCCAUGCUGCUGGUGGACCUACUGGCCGUCAUGGGCAACCUGGCCGUCAUGACGGUGAUCGCCUGCACCCCGCAACUGCGCAAGUUUGUCUUCGUGUUCCAUCUGUGCAUGGUGGAUCUGCUGGCGGCCCUGGUGCUGAUGCCGCUGGGCAUGGUCUCGGACCAGGCCUUCUUCAGCGAGGCCCUCUGCCGUGGGUACCUCUGCCUGAGCGUGGGCUUGAUCUGUGCCACCAUCCUCACCAUCUGCGCCAUCAACGUGGAGCGGUACUAUUACAUUGUCUACCCCAUGCGCUAUGAAGUGAAGAUGACCGUGGGCCUAGUGGUCACGGUCCUGGUGGCAAUAUGGAUCAAAGCCAUCCUCAUGUCGGCCUUCCCCCUGCUGGGCUGGGCGCUGCAGGGGCCGGGGGGGAGUGGACCCUCCCCGGUUCCCGUACGGAGGCGCUGCUCGCUCCACUACACAGGCGGCAACGGAACGCCCCGUUUGGUUUUCAUGGUCCUCUUCACCCUCAUGUAUUUCCUUUGCCCGGUCCUCAUAAUCCUGGUGGUCUACUGCAACAUGUUCAAGGUGGCCAGGGUGGCCGCCAUGCAGCAGGGCCCGGUUCCCACAUGGAUGGACACGCCGAGGCAGCGGUCAGAGUCCCUCAGCAGCCACUCCAGCAUGGUGGGCAGUCUGGCGGGGUCUCGCGUCACUCCUCAGAGGACGUUCAGCGGGGGGAAGGCGGCUGUGGUCCUGUUGGCGGUGGGCGGCCAGUUCCUGGGCUGCUGGCUGCCGUACUUCUCCUUCCACCUCUACUCGGCUCUGGUGCCCAUGUCUCCCGCCACCCUGGCCCAGCUGGACGUGGUGGUCACCUGGAUUGGCUUCUUCUGCUUCGCCUCCAACCCCAUCUUCUACGGCUGCCUCAACCGUCAGAUCCGAGAGGAGCUCUCCAGGCAGCUGGCCUGCCUCUUCACGUGGGGGCGGCCACGCGAGGAGGAGCAGCUGCCCAGCCGCGAGGCUUCCAUCGAGGAGAACUUCCUGCAGUUCCUCCAGGGCACGGGCUGCAAUCUGGAGCCUCGUAACUCCCAGAGCAUAACGGGGCCACAGAAGGGGCACGAUGCUCUUCUCCCUGAGCCCCUACAGACCUCCCCGUGCCUCCAGAGGCCUUCCGUUGACUUGAACAUCCCCGGCCAAAUUGUGGAGGAGACUUCGGAGUUCACUGAGCAACACCACCUAAACAAUGAUCUCAACCUGUCAGAGAACUGCCGCAGGACAAUGCCUGACCUGUAGGGGUGAAAUGCACACUCGUUUCAACUUGUGUUUUUAUUGCUAUUGAUGUUCCCUCCGUUUUUUUUUUUCAUAGUUUGGUUUUGUUCGUUCGAUUUCAUGUGCUUUGAAUUUCAGGGUUUAAAGUGGAACAUUUAAAAAAUAUAUAUAUAUAGAUCAGGUUAAGAUUCUUACAUGUUCCUGUCAGAUAGUAGAGUCAAGAGAAUAUUAUGAACCAAGACGUUCAUGAAGUUUAAAAAAAAAAAGUAAAUUGUAAUGCGUCAUCAUUUGUCUUGCCCUCUGUUUCACAUUCAACUCUCUCUUGAUGAAAGAGAGGCUGACCCGGAAAAUCGCCUAACAAAACUGUUCAACAAAACAAGAUUUAAGCAUGCAUGCCAGUAGCAUUCUCCGCAGUUUUGCUUCGUCUGACAAGUUAGGAAUUUGGUACAGGUCAAUUCCAAAUAUGACAUUAGGACAGACUGACACUUCAGUCAGCAAACAGAGAUGACAUAGGAUCAUGACACAGCAUCAUGAUCAUUUUAUUAAACAUGGCCGUGUCAUCUUGCACAAUUUGAGUGCCUUUAAGGCCAUUACUCAGUUGAUCUCUCCCCAAAGGACCUUCUGUUGUAUUUUUGAAAACCUGGGGACAAAAUCAAAUGUGAACGAAGGGAUAAAAUAGUCAGGUCACUGGCAACCAUGUGCCAUAACAGCAGAUCGUGGAGAGAGCUGUCACAGAUUCAGAAGACUGUUCACUCAAUCUCCGCCCACUCAUGUUUCAAGACAGAAAUGAAUGCAAAUUCUGUCACAUUUUUUCUCAGGAUUCCAAAACGAUAUUGCUGUGCCUUUAUGACUAUAUCCUAAUUAAAAUGUACAUAAUGUUAACAGGUUUUAUUGAAUGGUUUCAUAGCAAGGGUAUUUAUAGGAACGAGUCAGACGGAGAUGAAUAUUUUUAACUUCCCACUGAUUGCACUGAAUAUUUAUUCAGUGAAACUGCACAGAGAAACACAUUGACUCAGUCUUACCAUGUUUAGCACAUGGUGUAUCUGUCAUUGGAAACACUGCACUUAGACAUCAACCUGAGAGAGAUUCAAGAGGGUUUAUCAUCUUGUAGUAUAAAUUACAACAAAAAUGGAAGCACAGCAAACUGGACACAUUUAAAGAUAGAAAAUGACAGUGUUGAGUCGUGCUGGUUCCUCGCCUGAACAUCUGCAUGCUAACUCCCUUUCAUAAAACAGUGUUAUGGUCUUCAUCACAGAGGACAAAUUCUAAUGAUUAGGACCAACCCACUUUCAAAUGGCUCAUUGUUUACAGGUUAAACCAUAACAAACGUCUCUCCACAGUACACUUUAAGUACCACUGUGUUUUGCCAUAAGCAACCAAGGCUUGUUGUGUCCACAGAAUACAAUGGAGGCAGUGCUGUGACUGCUUUUGCCCUUUCUUUAGCUACAGCCGGGGGACAUUACCAUCUUCUCACCUCAAGGAAAUGAAACACAGAGAUGCUUUGUAAAACUGCUACAUAAACAAAGUCUCACAUUUUCUGGUGUUUUAUCUCUCGCCCUUUCUCUCUCUCUCUCUCUUUCCUUUUUCUCUUAUUCCACUCGGUCAGCCUAAAUCACAUGAUGUCAAAGCAAGGUAUUUGGGGACGUCUUAGGUUUGGUGUUAAAAAUACGGUGUGGUGCUGGGCAAAAAAAGGGCUCACGACAUAACGCUUCUAAUGUUCUUGUUUAAUGACUUCAGUACAGGCUGAAGUUUUCAGUUGGAUUCUUGAUUCAGGUGACAAAGGGUCUUUUGGCGUCCUAGAAAGGGGUUGAUGAAGCUGCAUGCAAAUUUGUUUCAAUUGAAUUACAUACAAACAGAGCAAACAUAAUUAUCUCAUUCAAGUGCAAACCUCUGCACUGUUUCGGGCAAUGGAGUGCCAAUCCACGACUGAGAAAUCCCCUGCCUACUGUGUGAAGGACAGCUCUGUUGCUUCUAUUUCAGAUGACUUCAUUGAAAUAAGACAACAGGGAUGUAGAAACAUGUUAUUUAUAAAAACAGAUCAGGGAAGAGUAAGCCAGAGUUGAUCAUUAUCCACAAAACGUCUUACUCCAACGAGACAUGAUUUGUUUGCCCUGUAAAACGUUAAAUCACUCAAUCCUUUAUCUCACAAAUCGGCCUAUCAUCAUCACAUCGUGUGGGUUGCUGUGGGGUCAGCUUCUGAUCAAUGUCACGUCACUGCACCUAAUAGAAUCACAGCCAUUUAUGAAACUCUACAGCCAUUUUGUCUAGGUCGCUCAAGAUACAAGUCACUGCAGACGGAGAUGAUGCUGGACAAACAGAUGACCAUCAGGUUUACUAACCAGUAUUUAUGUUAGGGCAUCCAUGUGGCCAAGUAUGAACUGUCUUCUCUUCUGUGAGAGCAUUCUUUGAGAACACGUAUCUUUCUGAGGAUAGUGCCUGCCACCCAUUGAUCCAUCUGGAAUUCAUGUGUAAUUAUUUAUUUUCUUUUUGUUUUGUUUAUAUAUAUAUAUAUAUCGUGUUUUGCAGAGAAAGUCCUGGUUGGUGUUAUCGCUUUCAUUUGCCAAGUCUUUAUGAUUUUUGUUGAUUCUAAUUAAAAUACAUCAAGAAAUGCA